AUGUUCGUUAGUAAUAUCACCGCAACCCAUCCAGUGGUCUUCUUGUUGAUGGGUAUCCCGGGCCUAGAGCACUUACACAUUUGGAUCUCCAUCCCCUUCUGCUCAGCUUAUACCUUGGCUGUGCUUGGCAACUGCACCCUCCUUUUCAUCAUUCGGGUUGAUGCAGCCCUCCAUGAGCCCAUGUACCUCUUUCUGGCCAUGUUGGCAACCAUAGAUCUGGUCCUUUCUUCUACAACACUGCCCAAAAUGCUUGCCCUGUUCUGGUUCAGGGAUCGGGAAAUCAGUUUCCAUGCCUGCCUUAUCCAGAUGUUCUUUCUCCAUUCUUUCUCCAUCAUGGAGUCAGCAGUGCUGUUGGCCAUGGCCUUUGACCGUUAUGUCGCCAUCUGCAAACCCCUGCACUACACUACGAUCCUGACGAAGCCGCUCAUCAUCAAGAUUGGCCUGGCUACUGUGACUCGGGCUGUGACGUUAGUAGCUCCACUCCCUUUUCUGCUCAGACGCUUCCACUAUUGUCGAGGUGUGAUGAUUGCCCACUGCUACUGUGAACACAUGGCUGUGGUGAGGCUGGCAUGUGGGGACACACGCUUCAAUAACAUCUAUGGCAUUGCUGGAGCCAUUUUUAUUGUGGUGCUGGACCUCCUCUUUGUUGUCUUGUCUUAUGUCUUUAUCCUUCGUGCUGUUCUCCAGCUUGCCUCUAAGGAGGUUCGCUACAAGGCCUUUGGGACAUGUGUGUCUCACAUAGGUGCCAUCUUAGCCUUCUACACACCUGUAGUCAUCUCCUCAGUCAUGCAUCGUGUAGCUCGCCGGGCUGCUCCUCAUGUCCACAUACUCCUUGCUAAUUUCUAUCUGCUCUUUCCACCCGUGGUCAAUCCUAUCAUCUAUGGUGUCAAGACCAAGCAGAUUCGAGUGCGAGUCUUAGGACUAUUCCUCAGAAAGGAUUUAAAAUGCGAGUGA